AUGAAUAACAAUCCUCCACAACCUCCUCCAUAUGGGGGCAAGUAUGAUUGCGCUGACCCCAACCCUUCGUGGACCCCUGAACAACGCGAAAGGUGGUUGCUUCGUCAGCUCGAGAUCAAUCGACGAAACGUCGUAGGACAGGUAACGAACAUUGCGAGUUAUCUGCUUUCAAAUAUUGACUCGACUCAGGCGCAAUCACAGCAACCACAGCAGUCACGAAGAGUUAGUCAACCCAAUCGCCAGCGUAAUCGCAGAAAUGUUCCAGCCUAUGCGCCGCAGAGCUCCGUAUCAGAGACGACGACGCAACAAGCAAGAAAAGCCGGGAGACGUUCGAAACGGGGUCCAUGGGAUCCAGAUGCUCCUUGUUGCGAGUGCGGCUCUUUCGAGCAUCAACUUGCUAAUCAUCCCAACCCGAGCACCCCCGAAGGGUACCUUCGUGGAUGUCUUCCAUGCAAUACCAAGGACCAUUCACACAAUCAGUGCCCAAAUCGAAAGAAGACGGGCAUCUUCCAUUACUAUCGCAAGCAACGAGAUGGACUCUGUCCAGCAGAAUGGCAUGGAGAUAUGAGAGAAAUUCCGACCAAGAAGGGCGAAUACCAGCUGGAACUAAUGCCGUUGACGCCGAGUUUCGCAUUGCGCAAUCUGUACGAGGACGUGCUUAACUUUAAGCAUCCAGGCAGGGGUGGUAAUGUAGAACUCAAGAGCGACCCGUUUUGGGAAUCGGAUCAAGCAUGGAGUAAUGUUGGAUGCUUUUCUAAUCCUCUUGCUCGCGUUGAUGCAGAGGAACUCGAGAAGUGGAAGUCAGAGAGUAGCAGUCGAUAUGCAGAAAUGCGAAGCGUCCUCGCAAAGAUGUACAACGAGCGACAAGAGUCGGCACCAACUGCAGCCCAAUUGAGCAACUUCUCGAGCAUGAUCCUCCCACUAGCAGCGGCAUCAACACCUCGACCUCGUACGAUGGAUGGUGAGGCACACCCAUCAAUCCAACGCGCUGGUCAGAACCAGCAAGACCAAGACCUCCGAAGACAGGGUACCGAACGACGGUAUCCUUCUUCAAUGUCUCCUCAACUGGCCUACCCACCCGCCUCAAAUGCCUCGUUGAACCCCCAACACAUCACACCUCGAGACAGAGACACGAGAGACCAAUGCGAACUUUCUAGAAACUUGGCUCGAGGAUCAUAUUGA